AUGGCUUCUGUAGCAACAACCAGCACUUCACUCUUCACCCCUUUGGUUUCCCUUCGCCGCAAUUCCAAAUUCUCGCUAUUCUUCUCAACGCACCACGUUACAAACUCCAAACCCCACGUCUUUGUCCUCUCUUGUUUUCCUCCGAAGACAAUUCCGGUGACCGAGCAACAAGUUUUGCAAGCAAUUGCCGAUACAUCAGACCAAAAGAGACUCCCGUGUGUCAGAACAUACGAAAAUGAUUUGUCUCAACUAACUCUCGUCGGUGCUGUUGAUUCCCGGCAGGCUAUUACGGCAGGUGCGGCUGAUGGCGGUGAUGUCGCCGCGGAACAUAUUGACGCUGGUAUGGAUGCUAUGGUUGUUGAAACCGUUUUUCCUGCUUCUUCCAGUGACAACGGCACCAUUUCUACUCGGCUGUUCUUACCUGCUAGGAAAGUUAAAGAAAAGGCUGCUAAGCUCAAAAAGUCUCUCUCAGAAGAUAUAUUUUCCAAUACCACAUCUAAGAAUGUCUUGACUAUGACAUUUAGGCAAGUGGUCUUGGAGCAGAUUUGGACCUUUGAUCUUACUGUCUUUCAACCAGGAGAAGAACGAAAAAUGGAGGAUCUUGAAAACCCGAGAGAGGUUCCUGCAUCUUUCACUCUCAGUUCACCCAAUGAAUAUCUUAUCUCCGUGCUUGCAGAAGUUGUUUGCAUCUCUGCUCUCCAAAGCACUCAGAAACAAUUUCUUGAUAAAUCACAGGGUGGCAGUAGAAAUGGUUUCUUUCACUGGUUUCAAAAGCCUGAAAGGAUACAAUCAAAGGAUUCUGUGGUCAUGUUGCACAAAUUAUUUGAAGACGAGAUAGUUGAAAAUGCAAGAAGUCUAUUGGAUAAAUAUCACAUGAUGAAGGAUGAAUUCAAGCCUGUGAAAAUAAAAUCAGGGCGCUUCUGGUGGAAACCAUCCUACUAUGAAAAAUUAGAGAAAAUUGGCGGUUCUGAUUUCAGUGCCUGGACAAGUGAGUAUGUACCUGCAUAUCGGUUAGAUAUUGACCCCAAAGUAAUGGGAGAUGCAAAAUUUCAGGGCUGGAAGAUGUCUGCAGAGAAUAGGUUGGAAGUUCUUUUGACCCACUCUCAAAUGGUUGGCUUGGCAGAAACGUUAGAUAUGUACUAUGUGGAUCCCUAUUCGUUAUCGGAUAAGGAAUUAUCCUGCGGAGUGGUGGCUAAGUAUGCCAAUGUGUCCAACAGAAAGGGGGGUUCUUUAUCAAAAAUAUUGUCAGCCAUUCUUGCAAGUGGCAUGUUUCUUGUAGCAAUCAGUGCUUUGGGUCAAUUUCGUUUACCUCGUUUAAGCAAGGAAAGGAAACAUCCUGUAGAACAGAUGUCUCUACCAACAUCUGAAGUCAACGUUAUGCAUGACUUUUUGGAUACAACAAAGGUGGAAGAGUUUUGUGUGUCAACUGUAGCUAAGGUGAAGGAUGCUUAUGGCUGGUCAGAUGAAAUUAAGGUAGAAGAUGGUAUCAGUGCUUGGAUUGGAGAAUUGCCGGCUUACUUGCAAGGUGAAAGCGUUGAUUCACUUUCUACGUCUUCAGAGGCUAUAGAUGCUGAUGCAAAAGCGUCCAUGCAGGAUAUUGCUAGUUACCAGGUGGUUUUCACUAGUGAGGGGAAGAUAGUUGGUUUUCAACCCUUGAGUCGGGUGGCGGUUAAUCAGUGGGCUGAUAAUCCCCUGGCAAGGGAGCUGUAUGGGGGGAAAAAGCUUUCCCCAGGCAUCUUUGAACCAGGUCUCAGGAUUCCCCUUCCAAAAAAAGUAACUGUUGUAGAGUUGCUCAUGUCAGUUAAACCAAAUGCUUAUUUUGCAUUGGCUAGGCCAUAUCAGUGA